AUGUUCUUAGACCUAAAACAGGCCAGCAGACAAUGGUUUGAGAAACUGUCCAGUUUCCUUAUAUCAGCAGAUUAUGUCCAGUCCAAAUCUGACCACUCCUUAUUUGUUAAGAAGACUUCCACCAAUUUUACUGCUUUACUUGUAUAUGUUGAUGACAUUGUAUUAGCAGGGAAUUCCAUGAGUGAGAUCACUCAUAUAAAGGCUCUCCUACAUCACCAAUUUCAAAUAAAAGAUCUUGGAGAACUCAAAUAUUUUCUAGGUUUUGAAGUUGCUAGAUCUAAGAAAGAGAUACAUCUUUAUCAAAGGAAGUAUGCCCUGGAUAUUCUAGAAGAAACUGGAAUGUUGGGAAGCAAACCUAGUUCUACACCUUUUCUAAGUAACAACAAUUUCUUGUACAAAACAGAGAACUAUAUGGAUGAUCCUAGCGCUUUGCAGCAUGAUCUCAGGUAUAUCAAGUCAAGUCCCUCUGAAGGACUUUUCUUUCCAGCUAAUUCAAGCAUUCAAAUAAAGGGUUUCAGUGACUCCAACUGGGCCACUUGUCCUAAUACACGAAGGUCCACUACUGGGUACUGUGUUUUUCUAGGAACAUCUCUUGUUUCAUGGAGGUCAAAGAAACAGAGCACUGUUUCUAGGUCAUCCACAGAAGCAGAGUAUCGCCCCUUAGCUGCUACCGUUCAACCCGACGCAGGUGUUGUUCUCUAUUGCGACAAUAACUCCGAGAGACAUAUCGCCUACAACCAGAGCUUCCAUGAACGCACUAAACACAUAGAGCUGGACUGCCAUGUGGUAUGCGAAAAGAUCCAAGCUUACGCCUUUUGCCUAUUCGAUCGGAGGAACAGUUCGCCGAUGUCUUCACCAAGUUCAAUCAUCGCACACGUUUCAAAUCUAUCAUCCCCAAGCUUGGAUAAUCUUGCAAAGUAUUCUUCCAUAGAAGUUGAGGAUGAGGAGGGUAUGUUGGAUGGUCCAACAUCAGAAGGGGCAGCAGCACUUACUGGGUUAGCCAUGUGUGUAUCCAUGUCAUCUUCUUCAUCAUCAUCUGAAGGAGCAUCAUCUUUAUGA